AUGGAGCUCGGUGUUCCGGGACUCGUUCUUGGUGGCGGGAUCUCGUUCUUCUCGAACAAGCUGGGGUGGGCAUGCGACAACGUUGCUAGCUAUGAGGUUGUAACUGCGUCUGGUCUUGUUGUCACCGCAAGCCCAACUCAGUUCGCUGAUCUGUACUGGGCUCUUCGCGGUGGCGGUAACAACUUUGGUAUAGUUACUAACUUCAAGCUCAACGCCUUUCCCCUUGGCAAGAUGUGGGGUGGCCAGCGCAUUUUCACAGAGAAUAACUUCCCAGCCGUCCUCGAUGCUAUCUACAAAUUCGCUACUGUCGGCUCUUCAAAAGAUACCGACGCUGCCGAGAUCGUAUCAUUUGGCAACUACCCAGGGAUGGGCAAGAUCGCGAUCGUUCAGACUCAUUACGCCCAGCCCAUUGCCAAUGCUUCUGUAUUUGAUGAUAUCAACGCUCUUACGCCGGUCAUGGACGACACGGGGAUUGGCUACCUCAGCGACCUUACUAUAAAGAUGAAUGGUGGAUCACCGAACGACACGCUCGGCUCCCUCCAAACCCAAUGGGAUGCCACAUUCAAGGUCGAUCGCGAGCUAUUCAGCUUCCUUGUCAACACCUUCUACAGCCUCAUCCCAGGCGUACAAGAUCUUCAAGGCGCAUUCCCAACAAUCUCAAUCCAGGCUAUCACUGAAGGUCAGUUGAAGGGUAUGCAGAAGAACGGUGGCAACGCCCUUGGUCUUACGCCCGCUAAAGGCCCCAUCUUCAUCAUGAACAUGAGCGCAUCAUUCGCCAAUGCAGCUGAUGAAGCAACCAUCUUGAAGUUUCUAUCUACGAUCAUCAAGAAGGUCAAGGCAGAGGCAAAAGCCAAAGGCGUGGACAACGACUAUAUCUACAUGAACUAUGCCUCGCAGUUCAUGGAUCCGAUUGCUAGUUACGGAGCGGCGAAUGUUAAGAAACUGGUCUCUGUGAGUAAAAAGUACGAUCCCGCUCAGGUCUUCCAGAACUUGCAUCCGGGUCAUUUCAAGCUGAGCAAGGGCGCCCCAAAUCCAAACAUGCCAUAA